GGAUGAGCGGUCGGACCCGGCCAGGUGACUAAGUUUCUGCUGCGCCUUCCACCCGGCUUCGCUCAGUUAGCCACUAAUUGAGCCGCUGAGAGGGUGGUGACGUUGGGGCCAUGGGGCUGGGCCCGGUCUUGCUGUUUCUGGCUGGCAUCUUCCCUUUUGCACCUCCGGGAGCCGCUGCUGAGCCCCACAGUCUUCGUUAUAACCUCACGGUGCUGUCCCAGGAUGGAUCUGUGCAGUCAGGGUUUCUCGCUGAGGUACAUCUGGAUGGUCAGCCCUUCCUGCGCUGGGACAGGCAGAAAUGCAGAGCAAAGCCCCAGGGACAGUGGGCAGAAGAUGUCCUGGGAAAUAAGACCUGGGACAGAGAGACCGGGCACUUGACAGAGAACGGAAAGGACCUCAGGAUGACCCUGGCUCAUAUCAAGGACCAGAAAGGAGGCUUGCAUUCCCUCCAGGAGAUUAAGGUCUGUGAGAUCCAUGAAGACAGCAGCACCAGGAGCUCCCGGCAUUUCUACUACGAUGGGGAGCUCUUCCUCUCCCAAAACCUGGAGACUCAGGAAUUGACAGUGCCCCAGUCCUCCAGAGCUCACACCUUGGCUAUGAACGUCACGAAUUUCUGGAAGGAAGCUGCCAUGAAGACCAAGACACACUAUCGCGCUUUGCAGGCAAACUGCCGGCAGAAACUACAGCAAUAUCUAGAAUCCGGCGUAGUCCUGAGGAGAACAGUGCCCCCCAUGGUGAAUGUCACCCAUGGCAAAGCCUCAGAGGGCAACAUCACCGUGACGUGCUGGGCUUCUGGCUUCUAUCCCUGGAAUAUCACACUGACCUGGCGUCAGGAUGGGGUAUCUUUGAGCCACGACACCCAGCAGUGGGAGGGUGUCCUGCCUGAUAGGAAUGGAACCUACCAGACCUGGGUGGCCACCAGGAUUCGCCAAGGAGAGGAGCAGAGGUUCACCUGCUACAUGGAACACAGCGGGAAUCAGAGCACUCACCCUGUGCCCUCUGGGAAAGUGCUGGUGCUUCAGAGUCAUUGGCAGACAUUCCAUGUUUCUGCUGUUGAUGCUGCUGCUGCUGCUGCUGCUGCUGCUGCUGCUGCUAUUUUUGUUAUUAUUAUUUUCUAUGCCCUUUUGUGUAAGAAGAAAACAUCAGCGGCAGAGGGUCCAGAGCUCGUGAGCCUGCAGGCCCUGGAUCAACACCCAGUUGGGACGGGUGACCACAGGGAUGACGCACAGCUCGGAUUUCAGCCUCUGAUGUCAGUUCUUGGGUCCACUGGCUCCACUGAAGGCGCCUAGACUCUACAGCCAGGCGGCCAGGAUUCAACUCCCUGCCUGGAUCUCACCAGCACUUUCCCUCUUGGUGCCUCAGUUUCGUGACCUAUGAAACAGAGAAAAUAAAAGCACUUAUUUAUUGUUGUUGGAGGCUGCAAAAUGUUAGUAGAUAUGAGGCGUUUGCAGCUGUAGCAUAUUAAUUGGUGUCAUUGUUUCUGUUGUUUUUGUAUUAUUAUUUUUUUUUUUUAAGACAGAGUCUCAGGCCAGGCACGGUGGCUCACGCCUGUAAUCCCAGCAUUUUGGGAGGCCGAGGAGGGCGGAUCACAAGGUCAAGAGAUCGAGACCAUUCUGACCAACAUGGUGAAACCCUGUCUCUACUGAAAAUACAAAAAAUUAGCUGGGCCUGGUGGCGCGUGCCUGUAGUCCCAGCUACUCAGGAGCUGAGGCAGGAAAAUCGCUUGAACCUGGGAGGUGGAGGUUGCAGUGAGCUGAGAUCGCACCACUGCACUCCAGCCUGGCGACAGAGCGAGACUCUGUCUCAAAAAAAAAAAAAAAAAAAAGACAAUGUCUCACUCUGUCACCCAGGCUGCAGUUCAGUGACAUGAUCUCGGCUCAUUGCAGCCUCCGCCUCCCGGGUUCAAGCACUUCUCGUGCCUCAGCCUCCCGAGUAGCUGGGGUUACAGACGUGCGCCACCACACCCGGCUAAUUUCUGCAUUUUUCAUAGAGUCAGGAUUUUGCCAUGUUGGCCAGGCUGGUCUCAAACUCCUGACCUCAGGUGAUCUGCCUGCCUCAGCCUCCCAAAGUGCUGGGAUUACAAGCAUGAGCCACCAUGCCCAGCCUAUUUUAUUACAUUUUAAUAUAUUUUAUUUUAUUAUAUCAUC